GAGGAAACGACGACAUCAUCUGAGGUGGAGCAUCAGCUAGAUUGAAGAGGCGGAAAGGGAGAAGGAGGAGGAAGCAGCGUGGGAGGAUGAGGAGGAGGAGGGCAGAGAAUGGUCCAAUGUUACAGGGUCACACCAUGGAGCCCUCGCCAGCUCUUGAGCAAGCUGUGAGGAAGGAGAUUCGACAAGAAGAAACUUUUCAGGAGACCGUGACCACCUUCACGUCUCACCUUGACACAAACGGACGCACGGGCUCGUCUGAAUGCGUGUACAUUAACGAGACUGCGCAAGCUAAAGUGGAAAGAGAAGACGAGAAGGAGGACGGAGAAGUGGUGCGAAAGGAAGCGAGUGGAGAACACGAACAAGGAGGAGCAAACGGAUCCGAGGAACCACAGGCCUCAAGUGAUGGCCGCCCAGUUCUUCCUGACCCGGGGUUCAACAGGAGAUGCAGCCUGCUGGCCAGUGAGGUGAAGUACAAAGAGGACUUUGAGAAGAUGAAGGGUCAGAGUCUCUUUGUCCCUGCGGCCGACCUCAUUCACGCCAAGAACAUCAGCGCGGUGGUGUCUGAGUCCAAAUAUAAGCAGGAGGGCAGGGAGGAGACGUCCUUGUCCCUCUACUCGCUGCUUCCAGACACGCCGCAGAUCCAACGGGCCAAGGAAGUGACCCAGCUGCAGAGCGAGGUUAAAUACAAAGAAAACAUGAAGACGUCUUCCUCACUGUAUUCUCUCAUGCCAGAGACCAACGACACUCACUUUGUCAAAGAACUCACCGACUUACUCAGCCAGAACAAGUACAAGGAGGAGGUGAAGAAGGAACUGAGCAGUACUUUGUACUCCCAACUCCCCGAGACCAGCGAGAUGCAUCUGGCCAAAAGCGUCCACGAGUUUCAGAGUGACAAAAAGUACACAGAAGACGGCAAGAGAAAAGCCUCCGUCUCGCUCUACUCCCGACUGGCCGAUACGCCCGAGAUCCAACACGCGCUGGAGAUGUCGCAGCUGCAGAGUGAUGUGAAUUAUCGACCCAAGGUGUUGGUGAAAGGAGCUCCUUCGUCUCUCUACUCUCAACUGACCGACACCAAGGAGAUCCAGUUUGCCAGGGAGAUGACCGAGCUGCACAGCCAGCUCAAGUACCAGGAGGAUGGCAAGAAGAGGCGGAGUCAGACGUUGUACUCCAAGCUGCCGCGCACCAUGCAAACCGAGUUUGCAAAGACGGUUGCCGACUUGCAGAGUGAGCGCCGCUACAAACAAGUGGGCCAGAACUCGUCCUCCUACUCGCUUCUACCGCAGACGCUGGAGACGCUCCACGCCAAGGACGCGUCCCAACUCGCCAGCGAGGUGAAGUACAAAGAGGACGGCAAGAAGGAGAUGAGUGUCAACUUGUACUCGCUGAUGCCUGAAACCAUCCACACGCAACGCGCCAAAGAGAUCUCAGACCUGCAGAGUCAGGUCAAGUACAAAGCAGGCGCGCAGCAGCAGAUGCAGAGUAGCUUGUACCAUCAGCUUCCAGAAACUCCCCAGACUCAGCUGACCAAGCAAAUGUCCCAACUCCAGAGCGAGAGCAAGUACAAGUCGGCGGGUGAGCAGGAGCUUCGCAGCUCUCUGUACUCCGCCCUGCCCGUCACCAUGGAGACGCAGCAUGCUAAAGAUGCCGCAGAGCUGCUAAGUGAGCUCAAGUACAAAGAGAGCGGUAAGAAGGAGAUGCCCGCCUGCCUCUACGCCACUUUAGCUGACACCUCCCAAACCGCCUUCAACAGAGACAUGACGGACAUGCAGAGCGAGAUCAAGUACAAGGAGGACGGGAAGAGGUCCCUCUCUCAGAGUUUCUACUCUCAGCUGGCGCAGACGCCUGAGACUCAGUUUGCUAAAAGUGUUGCAGAGCUGCAGAGCGAGGUCAAAUACAAGGAGGAGGCCCAGAAGCAAAUGUCGUCCUCGCUCUUCUCCGGCUUACCUCGCACGCUCCAGACUCAGCGGGCGAAGGAGCUCACGGAGCUCCAGAGUCAGGUGAAAUACAAGGAGUGCCACAAGGAUGCGUCCUCGGCCCUCUUUCGCUUCCUCCCGGAGACGCCAGAGACGCAGUUUGCCAAACACGUGUCGGAGAUCCAAAGCGAGGCAAACUACAAGCGAGACAAAGAGGACAUGUCCGUCUCCUUGUACUCCUUGAUGCCACAAACGCCCGAAGUUCAAUUUGCUAAAGACAUGGCCGACACUCACAGCCAGGCCAAGUACAAGCAUGAGGCCAAGCAGCAGGCGGCAGCGUCUUUGUACGCCCAACUUCCCGAAACGCUGGAGACCAAACACGCCAAAGAAGCCAGCGCACUGCAGAGUGAAAAAGCGUACAAAGCCGAGGGCAAGAAGCAGAUGAUGUCGUCGCUCUAUUCUCAGCUUCCCGACAUCCCGCAGACGCAGUUGGCCCGAGAGGUGGCGCUGAUCCAGAGCGAGAACAAAUACAAAGAGAGCGGCAAAAUGGCGCAGAGCGUCAGCUUCUAUUCGCAGCUCCCAGAGACUAACGACAUCCUGUUUGCCAAAAGCGUCUCCGAGAUCCAAAGUGAGAACAAGUACAAGGAGGCGGGUCGGAGGCAAGCACCCGACUGUCUCUACUCCAAGUUGCCCGACACUCUGGAGACUCGACACGCUCGAGACGUGUCCCAGUUGAGGAGUCAGGUGGCCUACAAGCCGGACGCCAGCAAGACGUACUAUCACCAAAUGCCUCAAACCACACACAUGGAGUUGGCCAAACAUCUCAACCACUUAUACAGUCAGGUGAAGUACAAAGAAGACGGGAAGAAAGAGAUGAGUAAGAACUUGUACUCGCUCCUUCCCGAGACAUCGGAAACGCACUUUGCCAAACAGAUGUCGGAGUUACACAGCCAGAGCAAGUACCAGAAGGACAAAGAAGAUCUGUGCAAUUCUUUGUUCUCUGUCCUGCCCGAAACUCUAAACACUCGCUUCGUGAAGGACAUGGCGGAAACUCACAGCCAGAUGAAAUACAAGGAGGCGGGGAAAAAAGAAGCUAGCAGCGCCUUGUACCAUCAGAUGCCCGAGACUGCCGAGACGCUUCAUGUGAAAGAAAUUUCCGAGCUGCAGAGUCAAAUCAAGUACAAGCAGAGUGGCAAGGAAGUGAUGACGACCAGCCUGUACGCUCAGCUCCCGCAGACGUCCGAGACGCAGCUCGCCGCCAGGAUGGCGCAGCUGCAGAGCAAGUUUAAGUAUAAGCAGGAGAGCAUCAAGAGCCUCGGUCGCAGUGCCUACAGUCAGCUGCCAGACACCGCCGAGACGCGGCUGGCCAAGGCGCUCACCCACCUCCACAGCCAGACCAAAUACAAGGAAGCCGGCAGGAAGGCGUCGGCCAUCAGCCUCUACCACCACCUGCCUGAGACCCUGGAGACUGUGCACGCCAAAGAGGCCACGCGGCUGCAGAGCCAGGUCCAGUACAAGGUGGACGCUUUGAGGACACAAGGCACCAGUCUGUACUCGCAGCUGCCCCACACUCAGGAGACCAAAUUUGCCAAGGCAGUCAUGGAGCUUCAGAGUGAGAAUAAAUACAGAGCGAGAGGUCGGGAGGAGAGCGGCAGCUGCGGCUUCCACAAGAUGGCUGACACCAAUCAAACGGAAUUCGUCAAGCGCUUGAGCGACAUUCAGAGUCAGAGCAAGUACCAGAAGGACAAAGCCGAUCUGUCUGCGUCGUUGUUCUCCUCGCUGCCCGAGACUCUGGACACCCGCUUUGUGAAGGACGUGACGGAUAUGUUCAGCCAGAUUAAAUACAAAGACGCCAGUAAGAAGGAGAUGGUCAAGAGUUUGUACUCGCUGCUGCCUCACACCAAAGACACUCAGCACGCCAAAGAGCAGAGUCAGCUACACAGCCAGAAGUUGUACAAGGACGACGGCAAGAAAGAAGCCGCCAGCACUUUGUACGCUCAAAUGCCUCAAACCAUCGAAACCGUCUUUGCCAAAGAGCUCAGCAAGACGCAGAGUGAUAAGUUCUACAAGGAGAAAUACAAUCACGAGAAAGGAAAGUCGGACUACGCCAACAUGAAGACGUUGCCGGAGGUGGAGCACGCCAUGGAGGUCAACAAGAAGCAGAGCGACAUCAGCUACAGAAAGGGAAAAGAGGAGCUUCACCACUACAGCACAGCGCCCGACAGAGCGGACAUCGUCAGCGCCACCAACGCAGCCAAAUUGGCCAGCCAAGUGGCCUAUAAGAGCGAUGCCAAGCAGCUGGUUGUGAGUGACGCUUCUCUCCUCACGCGCACGGACAUCCAUCACGCCAAGGAAGUGUCCAAACUGGCCAGCCAGGUGAUGUACAAGCAGGCGCACGGGCGACCUUGCUACAACCCGCUGGAUUGCGUGUCCUUCAAACACACACAAGCUGCCACGGCGCUCGCCAGCCAGGUCAAGUAUAAAAGCAACCAGAACCAGAAAGUGGAAGGUUCUUCUGACCUGCCCAACCUCCUGCAGCUGGAACAUGUGCUGCACGCCAGCAAACUGCAGAGUAACGUGGAGUACAAGAAGAAGCAUGAGCAGAACAAGACUCAGUACCACCUCGCUCUGGAUACGGCUGACCAGCGCCACCAUAAGGAAAACGCAGUGCUGCACAGUCAGGUGAAGUACCGCGAGGAGUAUGAAAAGAACAAAGGUCGCACAAGUGUGGAGUUUGCCGACACGCAAACAUACAAAGUGCAGAAGGAGGCGCAAAAGAUGCAAAGCCAGAGGGAAUACAAGCGUGACUAUGAGGAGCACGUGAAAGGCAAAGCCUUGGUGGAGGUCGAGCAGACGCCGGAAUAUCUGACAGCUCGUCAGGCCACCAACCUGCUCAAUGAGAAGGAGUACAGGAAGGACCUGGAGCAGGAAGUGAAGGGGCGGGGCUUAUCUGGGCUGGGCCUGGAGGACACGCCCGAGCUCCUGAGAGUCAAACAGGCCAAUCGGAUCCUGAACCAGAAGGAGUACCGCAGAGACCUGCACACGGAGGUUCUGGGCAAAGGGAUGCAGCUCAGCGCCGAUGUCCUGGAGGUGCGACGGGCCAAGAGGGCCUCCGAGAUCCAGAGUCAGACGUCCUACAAACAGACGGAGCAUCUCAGGGAGAACUCGUACGGGAGCAUCACCGACACCCCGGAACUUGUGCACGCCUCUUACCUUAAAGAUAUCUACAGUCAGAGGAAGUACAAAGACGAUGCGGAGCGGUUGCGCGGUCGCUACAGUGCGCCGUCGCUCACUCCAGAGAUGGAGCGAGUGAAAGCCAAUCAACGGCACAUCAGCUCGACGCACUACUGCUGGGACUCCAAGCUCAUGAGAGGUCUCAUGUCCUCCGUUAAUGAGACGCCAGAGAUCGUCCUCGCCAGAGAGAACGCCAAGAAGAUCAGUGAUGUGCAGUACAGAGAAGAGGUGGGCUGCGGGACCGCCGUCGUGGAAACGCCUGAGAUAAAAAGAGUCCGGCGCAACCAGGAGAACAUCAGCUCAGUGAGCAUGCACACACACGCACAAAAUGUUUGUGUCUGUGACACAAUACGUGUGCGUGUGUGUGUACAGGUGAAGUACCAGCGUGGGCUGCAGGAGGUGCGUGGGCACAGCUGCACUGAGCUGGACACCCCCGAGUACAGGCGGGUCCGGAGGUCUCAGGACUCGGUUUCCAUGGCCAAGUACCAUGAGGACUUUGAGCGCGCCCGCGGUCGAGGUUGCACGCCAGGCCUGGACGAGCCCGGCAUGGAGCGCUACCAGCGAGCCAAUCACAUGAUGACCGACGCAGCCCCCAACCAGUUGAUGGACACGGACAGACGGCCCGGCGGCAUCAUCGUAGACCUGAAGGUGUGGAGAACAGACCCAGGCUCUAUAUUUGACUUUGACCCUUUGGAGGAUGACAUCCAGUCCAAGAGCCUUCGCAGGAUGUCUGAGCGGGCAGAGCGCAAGCUGAGCAGGCCUCAGUCCCGGCAGUCACACAGCUCGCUGACCUCUGACCUCUGGGAGCGCAGCAGUAGCUGCGACACGCCGGCUCCGGUGCUUCCCGGAGCCUACCACCAGGGCGUGCACAUGCAGCCGCAAUCUCAGUAUCAUGGCUACAUGCAUCAAACCAGCAUGUCGUCGGUCAGAUCCGUCACCUCGCCGCCACACUCCUCCACCAUGCGUGUUUACCGGGCGCUGUACGACUACGCGGCGCAGGACCACGAUGAGGUCUCCUUCAGGGACGGUGACGUCAUUGUCAACGCUCAGCCCAUCGACGAGGGCUGGAUGUAUGGGACCGUGCAGCGCACCGGGAAGUCCGGAAUGUUGCCCGCCAACUACGUGGAAUGUUGCAACUAAAGGGGGGAUACAUGUGGUUUUGCGCGAGUGUGUGUGUGUUUAGGCUUGUUUUUUCCUCACUCUUCAUCUACAUUACCACUUGAUCACAUAGCAUCUUUUGAACGUCCGUUUUUGUGUUUUGUAUGUUUGAUUUCACAACUGCUGUGAAAAUAAUUAUUUGUGAAUUGUUUAAUAGAUGUCGUUUUUAUUUUUAGUUGAGGUUUGGGUCCACAUACUCUUGAUCGUAGAUUCAACUUUAAUCGCAUGUUGUUUCUCACCACUAUGUAUUGCCGUGCCUCAUAUGACAUAAACACACACGUGCACACGGUCUUACAUCAAAAAAAUAAAACAGCAUUUGUCAGCACAA